AUGAACCCGACCAACUUUGAGCUGGCUGAAGGGUUGAUCUCUUCGCGAUACAUCAAGCAGGCCCUUGAGGCUAGAAACAAGAGGGACAACCUGGUGAAGUCCCUGCUUUCACAGCGAAGAAUGCCAGAGGACGGGUGGGAUGAUCAGCAGAUCGUGUUCUUCCUGCAGAACCUCUCAGCCAUGGACUCCAAUAACUUCGUAGACAACAUCGGCGUGGGAGAGCGUGAAGGCCGAAUCUUUAACCGACUCGUGUCGGAAAGAUACUACGGCAUGAGCCACGGGGUGGGGAGGAGCGGCGACCUCACUGCCGAACAACCGAAGGCGGCAGGUUCCUCUCUGCUGGGCAAGCUCGCCAAUCUCAUGGUCAUGGAUGCUCUAAAGAUAGCGGGCAUGCACAACGUGAGCUCCUGCGCCGUCCUGCCUGUUGCAACCGGUAUGGCCAUUACCUUGUCUCUCAUGGGAAUCUCUUCAGCCCGUCCUGGAGCGAAGAAAGUGAUCUGGCCGCGGGUGGAUCAGAAGACUUGCCUCAAGUCUCUCCUAGCCAUGGGCCUGACCCCCAUCAUCAUCGAGAACAUGCUGGAAGGCGACGAAGUGGUGGCUGACAUGAAUGCCAUCGAGCAGGCCAUCAUCGAGCAUGGACCCGACAACAUCCUGACUGUGAUUGCCACGACCUCUUGCUUUGCUCCGCGUCGUCCAGAGAGGAUUGUUGCCAUCGCCGAGCUGUGCAAGAAGCAUGAGGUGCCUCUGCUUGUCAACAACGCGUACGGAUGUCAGAGUCGAGUCAACAUGAAGAGCAUCGCGUCAGCAUGUCAGCGAGGACGAAUCGAUGGAAUAGUGCAGAGCACAGACAAAAACUUCAUGGUACCGGUGGGAGGAGCUAUCCUCGCGACGGUGAACAGAAACGACGACCUCGUGAAGGCAGUUGCCUCUCUCUAUCCCGGGAGAGCUUCUUGCUCUGCCGUCCAAGACCUCUUCAUCACGCUCUUGUCCAUGGGACGCAGGGGAUACCAGAAGCUCUUGGAGGAAAGGGAGGAGAUGCUCGCGUACAUGUUCUCGAAGGUCGGAGAAGUUGCGCAGCAGCAUGGUGAGAGGAUGUUGAACACUUCUGGCAACGGAAUUUCGCUCGCCAUGACGCUUGACUCCUAUGUCGCCAUGGUGGGGAAACCAGGCGUGAGUCAGCUUGGCAGCAUGCUAUUUGCGAGGUCAUGCUCAGGUACACGGGUGGUGACGUGCGUGAAAGAAGAACGAGUCGGGGGGAUAGCGUUUCAAGGGUACGGCGCGCACAUGAGCAACUAUCCUUGCGCUUACCUCUCCUUCGCGUGCGCGAUUGGCAUCCAAAAGGAGGAGGUCGACCUGUUUGCAGAGCGUCUUGGCAAAACUCUAAAGGAGUUCCGUAAGAAAUGCGAGAAGAAAGAGGGAGGAAAGGAGGAGAAGCAGGAGUGA